UUCCCCGCGGAGCCGCCUCACACCUCGGCUGAGGCGCGGCGGCUGCUGCUGAGGGGACGGGAGGGCUCGGGCUGCGGUUCCAGAUGACUUUCAUAAGAUUAAUGUGAAAAAUAUGAACUUAAAAGGAAAAGAAAAAGCUAUGGACAUCAGCAAACUGGAAACACUGGUUGAAAGAGCUGAACUUGGGCUAAGAAAACGUGCUGAAAAUGAUUUAAAUGCUACUGACAGACAAAUGUUAAGUAUUUUUUCUGCUGAUAACAAAGAAGUAUCUUCAAAAGAGCCCUCUAAGUGGGGCCUCCAUUUUGGUGCUUCUCAGAAACAGCUGAUUUUACCACCAGUACCUGUCGAGCCCACAACUGUCCAGGCAUGCAGCAAGUCAGCACUGUCCCUUUCUCAACCUUCACAGGUGUGCAGUCUGAAGGUAGUGAAAGACCAGACAGUUGGAGACCCUUGGAAUUUGCCUGUCUCUCACCACAUGGAUUCUCCCUUACCCCUCUUGGAGGAAGACACAACAAAAGGUGUCCGGAGCCCAAGUGAACACAGCCUUAUCCCUCCAGCAGUAAAGAUAACUCUCCAGACACCUCCUGUUUUGUCCAAAGCAGCUCCUUUCCAUGAAUUCCCCAAGCAGCACAAGAAGUUGGCUGUAGGAGAGAUUAGGAGUAGAGUGAAUCCUGAGAACACCAUCACCUUCCCAAACUCCAAGGAAGCAAUUUAUGGCACGUGUUCCUCUGGCAAAGGUAAUAUUGCAUCACUCCCAUCCAGCACCUCCAUAGCUUCAGCAAGGAAAUUGAAGCCAGUGUGGAUGUAUCCAGCUCAACAGCUGGAAUCUGAGCUGCAGAUUCCUCCUCAGACACAGGUAUUUAGAGAGUGA